AUGGUCCACCCCAGCACCAAGAGCGUCCCCCCAGCGCCCCCCUCCACCACCACCACCACCACCAAGUUCUGGCUCGCCCUCGGCCACCGCCUCCCCGCGCCCCACGGCUUCAAAGACCUCGUGCACACCAUCCGCUGGUUCAUGGAGCGCAAAGGCCUCACCGCCCUCCGACACCACGACACCGCGCUCACCUACACGGGCCAAUUCCGCCACAUCACCCCCCGCACCUACACCCGCAUCAUGACCAAGCACCUACCCGCCACCCCGCCCAGCCGCAUCGACUACCACCGCCCCUCGCAGCUGCUCCUCGUCACGCUGCGCGGCGAGCUGCACACACGAAUCAUCCACGCCGCCUGCGAGGCCAUCCCGCGGCUGCUGCGCGACCAGGGCUUCUAUGACGACGGCGCUAUCACGGCUAUGCAUAGCCUGGACGGUAAGACGCGCCAUGGCGGCGACGGCGAUAUGCCGUUCUUGGACCCGGACUGCAGCGUCAAGGUGGACGGCAUGAAGGCGCCGUUCGUGUAUGUCGAGGUCGACAGCAGCGACGUGGACAACACGUUUUCGCGCCGCUGCGGGAGGCUGAAGGCGCACACUCUCCUCUUGGGGCGGAACGGCCUCCCGCGCCCGCGCUUCGUGGUCGUCGUCAACUUGGUAAGGAAGACGAGGGGCAAGGGGGAUAAGGCGUCGCCGUAUGAGGAGCGCUAUCCGUAUGUGAGUGUGCGGGUGGCGGUGCUGGCGACGAAGGAGAGGCCCGUCCCGGGGACGGAUAGGGUGAAGAUGGAGGUGGUGCCGGUGGUGAAGACGGUGGAGGUGUGGCCGAGGGUGCCGGGGACGGAGGAGGCGUGGCGGUUCACGUGGGAGGAGAUGAGGGUGAAUUGUUAUCCGGGGAGGAUGAGGGAUAGGGUCUUUGUGGUGGAUUGGCGGUGGCUGCAUGAGUGUGUGGCGGCGUUUGAGCGCCAUUCGGAGGCUUGUGGGUGUGCGGGGUGUAAAUAG